AUGUCGUUCCUCACCGGAGCCAUCCGAACCGCCGCCGUCAGCACCUCGGCUCGUGCCGCUCUCCUCGGCCGCGCCGCCCCUGUUGUCGCCCGCCAGCAGGUCCGAGGCUACGCCGCGCACCACGAGGAGGAGUCGUUUGACGCCUUCAACUCGCGCUACGUCGGGUUCUUCGAUGCGGUCGAAGACCUGUUCGAGCUCCAACGUGGUCUGAACAACUGCUUCGCUUACGAUCUCGUGCCCUCGCCCGAGGUGAUCGAGUCGGCCCUCCGCGCCAGCCGCCGCGUCAACGACUACUCGACCGCCGUCCGCAUCUUCGAAGGCAUCAAGCAAAAGGUCGAGAACGAGAACCAGUACAAGCAGUACGUCGACGCCCUCAAGAGCGUCCGCGAGGAACUGGGCAUCCAGCUCAAGGAGGAGAUGUACUCGGCAUGA